AUGCACGGCAUAAUUAUGCUCACCGUGAAGGACUUGGUGGUGACCAAGUUCGGAGAGAAAGCGUGGGUUCAGAUGUGCGGCCAGGCCAAGUGCGCGACGGACUUUGUGUCGAACCAGCCCUACGACGACGCGAUCGUGUACGACCUGGUCAAGGCCGGCAGCGCCCUGCUCAAAGCCAAGCCGGAGGACCUGCUCGAGCAGGUGGGCUACUGGUUCAUCGUCUACCUCCACAAGAAGACCUCAUAUGGCCAGCUUCUGGAGAUGAUCGGCAGCGAUCUCGGCGAAGUGCUUUCACAGAUCAACAAGCUGCACGCACACCUGCUCAAGGUGGCCCAUUUCCCCACGAUCAUGUCGCCCACCUUCAAGGUGACCCACAGAAAAGGCAACAGCAUGCGCCUGCAUUACACACCGGGCAAAGAGUCGCGACAAGGCCUCUCGCCACUCGUCGUCGGCUUGGUUAAGGGAUUAGGUGCUGAGCUGCUGAAGCUCAAGGAGGUGACCGUCACCCAGAUCAAAACCAAGGAGGCCGACGGCAUCGACGUCCUCUUCGUCGAGUGGAAAACCGACACCGAGGGGGACGGCCACGAGGCCGGGGCGUCGGAGAGCACGACCACUGCGACCCAGAAGGCGCCACUAAAGCACGGGCUCAACGCCAAGUCGCUCGGUCGACUAUUCCCGUUCCACAUCAUGUUCGACAAGGAGUGCAACAUCGUCCAGGCCGGACCUGCGCUGCAACGAAUUGUGCCGCUUGAGACGGGCGACGCCAUGUCGCAGUUCUUCACCAUUAAGGAGCCCGAAGCUUGUGCUUUUCCCAAUUUUAAGACCAUCUACUCGCACCGCAAGCUGUCUCCCUUCACCCUUGGGCACGCCUACGACGACGACACCACUUUCCUUCUCCACGGCGAGAUGGUGUGGUGCCAAGGCAAGCAAACCGUCUGCUUCGCCUGUUCGCCCGUGCUCAACUCGAUAGAGGAAGCCCGCUAUUUCGGCAUCGACAUGUCCGACUUCCCCCUCUGCGACCAGGCCCAGGCUCGCCUUAUGACCGCUCACGCAGCCGCGGCCUACAAACCGACCGACUCAGAGUCCGUGGCGCCAGAGUCGAAUGGGAAUUGCGGCGGAAGUACAAUCGUCAGCAGCGACAAGGCCGAGAGAGCGAGGGGCACGAGCGGCAGCGGGCGGAUCUUCAAGACCCUCUUCGGCCCGAGCCCCAGCAAGACCCGCAAAAACCGAGGAGGAGACGAGGAAGAGCCCUGGCGCAUCAAGAGCAAGCCGCACUCGGCCGAUUGUCCGGCCGUGACCGAGACCUGCCCACUCGCGGCAAUGGCUCCGCCCGCUGGCUCGUUCGAUUCGGUCAGCGCAAGUGGCAGAGCCACCAAGCUCCCGACGACCACAUCGCUCGAUUCGAUCCCCGCGGUUACCAAAGGCACCAAGAUCCGAUUCCCGAUCGGCUCUGAGCAGGAGCUCAUCAACAACGAGCGGCUUCGGCGCGGCCGCACCGGGUCCAAUAUUACCGCCGGCGCCCGGUCAGCCGAGGGCUCGCCCCGCCAAUCCCUGGGCUCUGCCACGUCAUCAUCGUCAUCAUCGGCUGUCCACUCGUUCGAGUGCGGCGCCGCCCCCAUCGUUCGGGGGGCGCACGCCGGAGCCGAACGACUGCUCCACGUCUUCACCGAGACCCUGCUCGAGGACUCCUGGGACGACUUUCCGCUGAUGCGGACCAUGCUCGAGCUCGACAUGGCCUCAGCUGCACCGCGCGGCCACGAGCACCCGCUGAGCGAGGCCAUCGUCAGCUUCUACACAAUCAAGGGCAAGUCGCAGCACCUCCUCACCUCCUCUUUCAUCGAUCAGAUCGCCGCGAGCCCUCGAGAGGAGAGUGCGGUGCUUUUCCGGGAGGAGAGCAUUGCGGUGCGGCUGUUCAAGGCCUUCAUUCACCAGCAGGCGGCGCACUACAUCGACUACUGCAUCGGCAACCUCAUCACCACCGUCAACGCGCUCGAGAAGCCCCUCGAGGAGUUCCUCGAGCAUGUGUGCAAGUCCUCCUCGCAGUGUCCGGCGCCCGUGCGCCGGAUACUGAGAAUCGUGGGCCGGGAGGUGGGCAAGCGGUGGUCGGAAAUGAACUUGCAGGCCAUCGCCAACCUAAUCUUCCUCCGCUUCCUCUCCCCGGCCAUCGUCUCGCCUCAUCGAGGCAAGACGACGAGUCAGCGGACGUUGAUGCUCAUCACUAAGCUGCUCAACAACCUCAUGAACAACGUUGAGUUCGGGGAGAAGGAGUCCUACAUGACCUCGCUCAAUCCAUUCAUCUCGCCCGACAACCUGCUACUCGUCCAGCAGUUCAUGCAAGAGCUUGUGGCGAACGAGAUGCACAGCAAACGCGGAGCGAGCGACAGCGCAGAGUUCAGCGAGCGAUAUCGGCUGCUGGCAGCACUGGAUGAGAUCAAGCGGUCCCUCCUCCAGCUGCUCCCUGCACUCUACACCUCGGCCGCCGCCAAGCCCAAGCUGCAACAAGUGCUCCAGAAGUUGGUGUCUGUCUUCCUGUGUGAACUCCCAACUGAAGUUGCAUACUGA